AUGCCGGGUGGAUUGGCUGUGCAUGCGGGUCAAGCUGUCCCGGGGCUAUCAGCUCGGCGGAACGAUGGCCGAGUGUGGAUUGAUUGGGACUUUGCAAGGAGCGUCGUGCCGCCGUUUGGGUACAUGGCCCUGUCUGAUUGGUACUUCGAGAUGUUGAGGGAUGCCGCGAGGCACGAUCUCUACGAAAGAGCAUUGCAAGUGGAGAUCUCAAAGGUCAAGGAGAAGAGUGGUGGUGGUUGCACAGUCCUGGACGUCGGCAGUGGUGAUGGCAUCUUGUCAAUGAUGGCAAUCCGAUCUGGUGCGACCGCGGCGAUUGGUGUUGAGUACGUCGCGCAGAUUGCUCGUGCUUCGGAGGAGGUGAUCUCGGCCAACCGCACCUCCAAUGCCUUAGGGCACAGUCCGCUCAACAUCUGGUGCACAGAUGUAAGGGGCGUUUCGGAGUUACCAGAGCAACAGCGUUUUGACGUGCUGGUCAGCGAGCUGAUGGAUGCCUCUGGGUUGGGCGAGAACUUGAUCCUCCUUACAGAGGGCUCCAAAAGGCGUCUCUGCAAGCAGCAUGCACCCGUUAUCCCAUGCCGCCUACGGCUGAAAGCAGUUCUCUGCGAGGUGAGGCUACCAGACAUUGAUGGCAUCAACAUUGAUGCUUUCUGGCCGUUUUGGCCUAACGAUCGCGCGUUCGAUGGCUCCCUCUGGCUCGCCGUUGACCUCGACAAGCAUGAAGGGAACUUCAAAGUGCUCACGGAGCCGGUCUCUCUUUUUGAAGUGGAACUCGGCAAGGCUGAUGUGGAUGCAAUCCCAGUACGGGGGCAGUAUGGCUUUCAUGGCAAAGCUCCUGGCAUUUGCAACAUGGUUGUAUGGUGGUUUGAAGCCCAACUCAGCCAGACCGAUCCUGGCGUGGUGUUGACGAACGCACCUACUCAGUUGGAUGGCCGGCACUCUGCGACCUGUUGGGGCCAGGCAGCGGCAGAGCUCAUCGGCACAGCAAAGGUACAGCCAGGUGAAGUGACUUCGGUAACCAUGGACAUGGUUUUCGGUGACUAUCAACUGCGCUUUCGAACUGCUGAGAAUGCAGGCGGCCAGGGCCGCGAAUGCCGCGACGAGCCGCCUCCAGGUGCUCCGCCCUACUCUGCACGCUUCAAGGACAUGCUGAAGGAAUGGCGCAGCAGACAGAAGGAGUUGGGCCGCUUGGGGCGUGACGUUGGACGCACGGCGAUCCGAGACGCAGAUGUUGAGGCGGUUGCCGCACUCCAAAGAGCAGCCCUUGCCCUGGCUUUGCAUCCACAAGGCUUCGGUGUUGAGCCCGCCUCUGCUGCCAAGAUACUCUCUGGCUGGUAUGCAGUUGGAGGAGAAGGGCGUACGUGA